GAAAGAAUGAAGUUCCAGCUCUUCGCCAUCGCCGCCGUGCUGGCGCUCGCCUCGUCCUCCGCCAUCGUCGACGCGCAGACGCUCGGAGACAGCGUCAUGGCCGGCAACGACAACGGCGCCACCAUGGUGACCGAGAGCCUCACGGAGAGCGCCGCCGGUGACAUGACCACGACGGACUCGGCUGCCACGGCUGACAGCGUCUUGGGCGACGACUCCACUAGUGACGCCUCGGACAGCGGCAGCGACGACAACUCCGUGUCGUCUACGGACGACUCGGCGUCGGUCGGCGACAGCGACAGCGACAGUGACAGCGCCACCACCGACUCGACCAGCGCCAGCGCCGAUGCGGCCACCAGCCAGAGCAGCGCCGAGAGUGCUUCGGCCAGCAGCGACGCGUCUCGCACUGUGCUCGCGGCCGGCGCCAGUCUGCUGGCUGUCGCCGUCACGGCCAUGCUGUAGAGAGGCUACCCACAGUAUCUAUGCGCCUUGAAUUGAGUCAAUACUUGUGCAUCUGAAACCAUGCU